AUGGCUCGGCUGAACCUCCUACCAAAUGACAGAAUAAGAGAUCUUUCUUAUUUCAGGUUCUUCUGCGUGGCUGACCAAGUGAAGGUCUACACCAACGAGAACAAAACCAGGACCUUUAUUGGCUUGGAGGUCUCCGCUGGGCAUUUCCAGCUGCUGGAGCUGGUCUCGGAGGUGGACAGAGUUCUGGAGGAGUUUGACCUGCCCACGUUCUACAAGGACCCGUCGUUCCACAUCAGCUUGGCCUGGUGCGUCGGGGACAUGUCGGGCCGGCUGGAUGGGCAGUGUCUGCGGGAGCUCCAGGACAUCGUGGACGGGUUUGAGGACUCAGCGCUCCUGCUGCGUGUCCAGUGGGAGGAAAUCCGCUGCAAGUCGGGGAACAAGUACUUCUCCUUCCCUUUGAGGUAG